AUCUGCUUCUGGGGAGGCCUCAGGGAGCUUUUACUCAUGGCAGAAGGCAAAAGGGGAGCAGGCAUCUUACUUGGCAGGAGAAGGACCAAGAGAGGGCGUGGAGGUGCCACAUACUUUUAAAACAACCAGAUCUUGUGAUAACUCUAUCAGGAGAACAGCACUAGGGGAUGGUGCUAAACCAUUCAUGAGAAGCCACCCUCAUGACCCAGUCACCUGAUACCAGGCUCCACCUCCAUCUUUAGGGAUUACAUUUCAACAUGAGACAGGCAGGGACACAGAUCUAAACUCUAUCACUGUGCCUGUCAUUCACUCAUCUUGCUCAGGUCUGCAAUCCACCCAGAAGACAUUUGGAGACCCUGGGGCAAGGGAAGGGCGUGGUAAAAGCUGGGGUUUAGGAUCAUUAGGGUCUCCAUUCCUUGAGUGUGGCAUUCAGAGACUUGUCCUCUAUCACCUGGCCUUCCUAAGUUCUGAUUCUCCACUAAUAAAAACAAUUUAUAACGAUACCCAUAUUCGCACUCUCCUCUGAAUCCAAAGUACUUUUUCAGCAUGAAAAUCGUAUCUCGUGUAGUUCAGUUUUCAUUGCUCACGUCUCAGGCUCCCAACUGGGCGUGUAUUUUUCCCGAGUGGAGGGAGGAUUCCCCUCUGAGGGGUUAGUUCCCCAACAGUGUCUGGCCCGGUGCCUAGUUCACAUGGAUGCUUGUCUCAGGUCAGGUCCUCAGGACCAGAAGCUUACAUGAGGAUUCCUACACAAAUGAUUCAUUUCUGGUUCCAGGGGCGUAAAGUUGAGUUGGAGGAGCAUUAGGUAGGAGGGGAUAUAAUUUUAGGUUAAGUUCCAGGGAGUUCCAGGUUAAGUUCCGGAUUGCACAGGUGGACUCUGGAGUGUACGUUAUACCUUUGUACAUUUUUCCUUUGUCCCUGGGACUCAGGGAGCAGGGCUUUCUUGCUCUCACAUCUGUCAGUCAUCGACUCAGGGCCACGCCCACUGUGGGUAUGGGCACUUCUAGCCACUUCUGGCUUAUGUGUUCUGGCAGCUGUGUUUCUAAUACAAUCCCAAAGACAAUCUUUGAAAAAGGAGCUGCUCUUCUGGGUUGUUGGAAACCUAAAGCACACUGAAGCUGGGGAAAGAUGCCCCUAACCUGUAAAAGGGAUCCGCGGGGACCUGGGUGGCACGCUCCUGGUGUCCGCCGCAGCCAAGUGAACCCAGUGAAAUGAGCUGCACCAGGGACUUGAAGAAACAGUUUUCAGCUGGGAGAAGAGAGGAAGGCAAGAUAUCAGGACACGGAAUCCGGACCUGUGAUGUUAAGAAAUCAGUAAAUACUAAAAAGAAGAUGGAUGCAAGAAGGAUGAAGAAAGAAGGACUCACAGAAAACACUGGACUUCCCCGGAAGCUGCUUGAAAAACACGACCCCUGGCCAGCCUAUGUCACCUAUACCUCCCAGACAGUGAAACGACUCAUUGAGAAAAGCAAAACUAGAGAACUGGAAUGCAUGCAUGCCCUUGAAGAAAGCCCCUGGGCAUCUAGGCAGAAUAAACCUUCCAGCGUCAUUCAGCCAAAAAGGAGAAAGUCGUCCAAGUCUUCCGGCAAAGCUGUGUUCAGGGACAUGCUGUCAGAAUCCACGUUAUCAAUGUGGGGUGCUUAUUCGGUCUCGGCCAUGGCUCCUACCGUGAUCCCAGAACCCACACGCUUACAUACGGAUGCCAGAGACUGUCCAGCUGAAAACUAUAACAAGAUCAUCUUUGCCCGAAAGCCUGUGAUGAGGAUGCUCUCUACAGUUCGCUACUGACCAACAAGGAGAAACAUGCAAAUGUUUAGCUAGGGGUCCCUGCAGCCAUCCCCCAAGAACGUACAGCAAUUAAGCUCCAUUUACCACUCAUUUCAUGGUGUCCUUUAAAUCUGAACUUGCUCUUGCUCAUGCAGAGCUUGGUUGAGAGAAACCAGAUUAGAAUGUGAGCUGUAGGUGGGUGGGUGACUGUGUGCCCUCCCACACUGCUCUCUGGUGGGGUUGGGCAGUCCCCGGCUCUAGUCUCUGCCACAGAUGCUCAGGACCAAAAUGUGGGUGAUUCGUCUGGGUCCAGGCAGGAGAUAGAAAUCACACCAGCUAUUUUAUUAGAGAUAAUAUAAAGGAUGAUUAACCAGGUGACAGUAAAGGGCAGGAAGGGAAUACAAAGGUAUGCAUGGAGGUAGCACCACAGGAAGCAGGCAUCACACUUGAGGCUUGGGAACAAGAGGAAGAUGCUGGACUCAUUGAAAGGUAGUUACUUGGAGAAGGGACACGGGGCUGAAUCUCAGACUUCUGAGGUGGGGGAGUGGGGAUGCUGCUCAACGCAGCUGGUAUCUCUGAGCUCCGAGGGGAGCCCCUGUGGGGAUGAUUCCCCCGCCUUUGAAUUGGGGAGCUGUUUUGUUGGUGUCUCUGAGGGGACCCCCACUGAGGCUGCUUUUGUGAGUGUUGGAAAAACCAAAAACUGCAUUGAAACGUUUCUGGGAGGAGUUGCCACUGCCCGGGUGAAGAAAAAGUGCUGCUAAGGUUAGCAACCUGUCUGGCAGGGACAGGAAGCUGAUAGAAAGUGAACAGGAAGCAAACAGGAAGUGAACAAGGAGCCACUUCCUACUUCCUCCUUAUCCUUGCAGAUUCCUGCUAGCGCUCCCGAGGGCAGAGCCUAUCAGGGCACGAAGCCAGAAUGUGGUUUGUAGAAUCCCAGCCCCAGCAUCUCCAAGCAUAGGAUAUUUUGAAGCCAAGAGAAAAUUAGCUCUUGGCUGGGUUCUGAGUGAUCCCAUCCAGCUGCUCCUGGACCUGAUAUUGAGAGGUUUUUCCCUUGGAGGGCAAACAAAGUGGCGGUGGGGACCAGGGUGCCCCCUACUGAGAAAUGGAGAGCCCUUUUCCCCUGUAAUUCUCUGAGGUUUGCCUCGUGGAGCCGAGUGCUUGGGGGAGGAGCUCCUGGCAGGACUCCUGCUGUUAUUUGUCAGAGGACAGCUGGGAUUGGUUCACCCAUGCUCUGAGUUGGCCCCAAAGCGAGCUAUGCUGAACUCUUCUCCAUCUCCAAGUAGACAACCUUUGUCUUUACAUGCAAGAGGGAUCCAGCUAUGACAGGCUGACCCAGUUGGUUUCGUGUUUGGGGUUUAUCUACUGAGUAAGGCUGACCUUACCUGAGUUUCUGUAUGUGUAUUUGCAAGACAGUUAAUACUAAUCCAGCAUCCUUCACAGAGAUGUAGUAACUUAUAGAAGUGUCAUUUGGAAAAGUCGAAUUUGCCCUACAAGGCGUGUUCUCCAUUAAAGGGUCUUGUGUAAACGUUUGCAGACACAGGUGCGGGGUUGGAGAACUCACCUCUGGCUCCUCUGCUUUUGUGUUGGGACAGCUGCCUAAAUUAGGAGCUCUAGGCCUGUUCUUGGUUCCCAACUGUUGGUCAGAAUGAAUUUUUUGCAAAAAUAUAGGUGGUUUCCAGGGAAUUUAAAUGAUUGUAUUUUGUGUCCAUGGAACGUUUAUAGACAUGGAGGCAGGCGAUAAAUUUCUCCAGUACUUUUU